AUGGAACUACAUUUAAAUUUACAUGAAAAAUACUUUUUAAAUACGAUAAUUGAAAAAUUAUCAAAUAAAUCAAAUGUAAAAAAAUUAUCUAAUAAGUAUGAAUCCUUUUUUCUUAGUGGGAUAUUUUGGGUUCUAAGUGGUCUUUUGAUAGUAAAUAAAAAUAGAAAAAAAUUAGAUGAAAUACUAGAAAAAGAAAUAAUAGAAAUCAUUUAUCUAUUAGUAAUGCAAUGCUUGCAAACAAAAAAAAUAAAAGAAAAGUACAUUUAUAAUAUGAAAAAAGAAAAAUAUUUUUUUUCGGAUAAAGAUAUUGAUAAAUUAAUGAAUAAAGUUGAAAAUGAUUCUAAAUCUAAUAAAGUAGAUUUUAAAAAAAUAAAAAAAAGUGAAGAUGAAAAAAUUGAUCUAUGUUCAUUAAAAAUAAAUUUUGACGAGAAGAAUAAAAAUAUUAAUAAAAAACAUAGUAAUACAAAUAGUUGUGCAAUACUUGAGUACCCAGAAAGUAAAAAGAUAAUUAAUAGUGAAGUAAAUAGCCAAGCAUAUGAUGAAAUAUACAAUGAAAAUAAAAAAAAAUACAAAUUAGAAAAAAAGAAAAAAAAAGUAAAAAAGUUUAUUAUAAGAGGUUUUUCUCCAUGUAAUAAAAAGUAUUUAUAUGAACCAAAUGUAAUUUCUACUUUAAGUGCUAUUCAAAUAUUAUUUUUAUUAAAUAAAGUAAGUGAAAAUGAUAUAAGCACAAAAGUAUUAUUAGAAAUAUAUAAUUUUAUAUACUUUCUUCUUGAUGAGGAAAGAGGCUUCUUUCAUUUUUCUUUGAGUAGUAUAAGAUUUCAGUUUGAUGGUGAUAUGCGUUUUAUGUUUUGUUCUUUAUCUUCUUUAUAUCUCAUUAAUCUUAUACUAAAGAAAAGAAAUAUAUGGAUUAAUAUAUAUAAUAAUAAAGAUAAAUAUAUACAUUGGAUAAUCAACUGUUUUAAUUUAGAUGGAGGAUUUUCAAAUUAUCCAGGCUCCGAGUCGCAUGCUGGGACAACAUUUUGUGCAAUAAAUUCAUUAAAUUUAUUAAAAGAUGAAAAUAAUAAAAAUUAUUUUUCAUAUAACUCCAUUCUCAAAAAAAAAUUAAUCAGGUGGUUAUGUGAUAGAUAUGAGAACUAUGGAAUUAAUGGAAGGGUGGGAAAAGAUCAUGACGUUUGCUAUGCAUGGUGGGUUUUGAGUAGUUUAGUUGCUAUGAAAAAAGAUCUUAGAAAAUUAUUUAAUGUAAAUAUACUGAUAAAUUUUAUUUUGAAAUGUCAAGAUAAAAAUAAAGGAGGAUUUUCAAGAAUUGAACAAAAUGAAAACAAUCUAAAAAACCAAAAUUUUAAUUAUUUUGAAAAUGAAAAUUUGAUUUACAGAGAAACAGAUCAAUUUCACAGUUUUUUUUCAAUAUGUGCUUUGUCUCUUAUUUAUUAUAAUGUUUAUUAUAAGAAAAAAAGAAAAAAAAAAUAUAUAUUUUUUGAUAAUUCUUUAAUUCCCAAGCACUUAGAGGAAAGUCUAAGUAAUUUAGAAAAUGUUCAUGAAUCUUUUGCAAUGCCUGUUCAUAUGCUUGGAUAA